AUGGUAGCGAAUAAAACGAUGGAAAUAGAAGAAACAAUGAAGAAACAGGAAGAGGAAAUUAAAACUAUUAGAGGAAACAUUGCGAAAAAUACUCACAACAUUGAACAAGUGAAACGACAAGUAGAAGAUAGAGUAUGUGGAAAUAGAAAUGAGAUGGAAUUGGAAAGAAGAACAAAAGAACAAAUAGAAGAACUCCAGAAAGAAGUUGAAAGUAAGAGAAUUGAAAGGACGAGAAGGGAACAUAAACAAUUUACACCCAAUGGUAUUUAUAAAAUUAUUAACCAGAGAAUUAAAGAAAUAGAAGAAGGAAGAAUAGAUGAAGAUACUAAACUGGAGAGAAUAAAGGAAAUUAUAAGAGAAAAUUUGGAAGCAGAAGCACUGAUAUGGUUCAAUGGCAUAGAGAAUGAUGUUCAAGAUUACGAACAAUUAAGAAAUCGAUUCUUACAACAUUUUUGGGGUGACGAUGCACAAUUGAUGGGGAAGAAGAUGUACAGCCUCGAAGGCAAGUUAAUUUUCAGAGACGACGAAGUCCUAGCAGAUCAGAAGAACGAGCUGAAAUGCCCAGAAGUGAAGAUGGUAGGUUUGAAACACAAAGAUCCAGAUCUUUAG